AUGACAUGGGACAAGAAUGGUCUAAAGUCUGAAGUAGAAGGGUACGCAGAUGGUGUGAAGGCUAAUUUGUCAGAGAUUGCCAGAAGGUACAAAAUAACAAACCGGAAGGGAGAAAUUGCAAAAAAUGGGGGCCAGAUAGCUCAGGAAUGGCUUAUUUCCCAAUGUGUUAACCUACACAGAUUUAAACGUGCUGCUGAAGUUGAGCGACAGCCCAGAAGAAAGAAAUUAAAAGGACUUGGUGGUGAAAUUUCCAUCCCCACACCAGAAAUAAAUGAUGCUUUAAAAGAGAAACUGAAACUUCAAAUUCAGGAACGAGAAUUUACAGUUGGCGAGCUUAUAGUUCCUGGAGAGGUAACACAAGUUGAACCAGAUAUUGAAAUAAUUGAUCCCACAGCUGCUGUCUUUUUUUUCAGCACUAUGAACAUAUAG